AGAGAGAGAGAGAGUCAGAGGACAGCUAUUGAGUGCAGAGCAGAAGAUUCUCUGCGCAGCAGCUUCUCUCUGAAAUUCUUUCUACCUGUAAGUAUUUUGAUCCUGUUUUUUUUAAAUUAAAAAUGGUGGAAAAUUCAAGUUACAGAUCUGAGGAGGAUAACCUUGGUGUAGGGGGAAGAGAUUUUCUUGGAAAAUCGGUAUCAGAAAUGGAUGGUGUUUCGAAAAUAACUCCUCCUAGCUGCCAAGAGUUGACUCUUAGCUACCUUUGUGAAAACUCGAAACUUGGGUUUGUGAGCUAUAAAGGGAAAGAAGUGUUGGAGGAAAGUAACAAGAGAUGGGUUGAAAGGGAUUUUCUUCAAAUGAAUGAGAGUAGUACUAGUAAAGGGGUUAAUGGUAAUGGGAAUUCAUCUAGACAUGAGGAGGCAGAAAAAAUUGAAACCCCCCUUAACCUUUCUUUGGCUUUGCCUGAUGUUUCACUGUCUUUGGCUGGUUCAAAUAGAUUCGAUCUUCAACCAUCAUCGCAUAAUAAUACUCAUUCCGCUUCAUUGUCAUGCUCUUACUCCCACCCUUUUUCCCACAAUAUGAGUUGCUCUCUUACUCGGAAUUCGACUGAUUUUUCUGUUGAUCACAUCUGGAAUUGUGGAGAAGGAACUAAUGGUUCAGUUCAUAGCCGAUUUAGGCCAAUUCCUACCAAUCAAGUUUUACCUAAGGAAACUUCAGAUAACAUUUCUUUUUUUCCAUCUGAGUUGCCUGCAAGACCAACAAUUGAUGAUUUACAAAGUCCAGUGAAGAUUUCUAGGCCUGAAAGAAUCCUUAGAGAAAUUGUUUCUGAAUCUAUUCCUCUUAUGGCUCAGAUUGUGCAAGAGCUUCCCCAUGAAACACUUGAAUCAACAAAGGAAUACUUGAGGAACCUAAUUGAGAGAAAAGAUGACCAUUUAGUUGUCCUUCAGAACAGAUUAAAUAGGAGAUGUGAUCUUACCAAUGAGACUCUCACAAAGUGUCACAAGACUCAACUGGAGUUUUUUGUUGCAAUAAAAAUGGGUGUUGGAAGCUUUUUAUCUAGCAAAAAAGUCAUACCAACAACUGAAUUGGCGGAAAUUUUCUUACUUGAAAGGUGUCGAAACAUAAAUUGUAUGAGGGGUUUACCUGUUGAGGACUGUGAAUGCAAGAUAUGUUCAACAAAGAAGGGAUUCUGCAGUGAAUGCAUGUGUCCAAUAUGUUUGAAUUUCGAUUGUGCGAAUAAUACUUGCAGUUGGGUAGGGUGUGAUGCUUGUUCACACUGGUGUCAUGCUGUAUGUGGUAUUCAGAAGAAUCUCAUAAAGCCAGGUCCAACCGAAAUGCAAUUUUACUGUAUUGGAUGCGGUCAUGCAUCUGAAAUGUUUGGAUUUGUUAAAGAUGUCUUCACCUCUUGUGCAAAAGACUGGGGUAAAGAAACGUUGGUGAAAGAGCUUGAUUGUGUUCAGAAAAUUUUCCAACGGAGUCAAGAUUUUAAAGGCAAGGAGUUGCAUCUUAAGGCUGAUGAAUUGCGUAUCAAGCUACAAAAAAACAUGAUUUCUCCUCCAGAUGUCUGCAAUUUCAUCAUUCACUUUUUUAAUUACACAGAAGGCCUGUCAGAGUUUCCUGAUAAAGACUUUAGUGGUAGAAAAAAAGAUGUUGUUUCUCUUCCUGCAUCUACUUCCGUUGCUCCGAAAUCUUCCCCGUACAACAUAAGUUCUUCAAGCGGAAGAAAAGAUGUGAUAUUUGAUGAGCAUCAUCAGCAGAAAGAUGUUAAGCCUUCCUUCAUGCCUGAAAAAAUAGUUGAAGAUGAAUGGUCUGUGAAGCGACUAAAGAAGGAUGAGCUUGCUAGCUUGGAAAGCAUUGUGCGGAUCAAAGAAGCAGAAGCAAGGAUGUUUCAGAAUCGAGCAGAUGAUGCUCGCCGAGAGGCAGAGAGUUUUAGACGGGUGGCUAGAAUGAAAAGUGAGAAAUUGGAUGAUGAGUAUUCAGAAAAACUUGCUAGACUGUGUUUGCAGGAGACUGAAGAAAGGAGGAGGAAAAAGUUGGAAGAGCUUAAAGUAUUGGAGAAUUCACAUUGUGAUUACUACAAGAUGAAAAUAAGAAUGGAAUCUGAUAUUACAGGCUUGCUUAAAAGAAUGGAAGCAACUAAGCAGUUGUGGGUUUAACUACAAAUAUUUUUCUAUUUAUGCAGUAAGUAACAUUGGCAAACUAGAUGACAUAUGCUAGUGACUUCUGUCUCUUCUUGUUUUAGACUUUACCUGACUCCUUGAUUGUGUAAGUUGAAUGUUGGUGAACUAUUGUAAAAGCUUGAAUAUUUUGGAAUUUCGUUUUGGCUACU